UGUUAUGCAAAUGGAAUUUGUAGUGGAUUGUCAUACUGUCAUCCAAUACCAGUGGCACAAUCAGUGAUUUGCAAUUGUCCACCAUCAUAUGGUUGUGGACAAUAUGGUUGUUUUAGGUUACGAGCUCGAGCAUCUAAAAAUAUGAUUUUACCAUUAUUAGAUAAUGGUCAAGAAUGGUCAAAAAGACCACAAAUAAUGUUUGAAGAGAAAAUGAAUGAAAUGCCAUCGCUUAUUCCGUUCAAUCAAUUUAGAUAUAGACAAAGUAAACCAUUAAGAGUAUUGGAUGAGCGACGAGCACUUGCAAUGGCAUCACCAACAGCUGCUGAACUUCCAAUAAAAGGACGAAUAUUACGGGAUCCAAAUGAAGCAUUUUUGGAAUGUUGCAUGGAUCGGCAGUUACCAGAUGCAUGUCUUAAUAAAUGCAAUUUUAAUUAUUUCAAUCAACAGGCCUUAAUGUCAAUGUAUUUGCAUCAAGAUCAAUGUCCAAUGAAAGCAAUGAGAGAUAUGCAAUUUUGCGCUGCGCAAGGACGUGAUCAUAGAUCAUGCUGUUUGCGGAAUGGUGUAACGACAACUUUAGCUGGCGCAAAAUGUUUAACAUUUUGUGAUCAAAGGCCUGGCAAUGUAACACAACUGGAUAUAUCAUUUCUUCCAUGCUUCGAUCGUUUUGAAAAUAUGAAGGCUUGCUUUUGGCAUGAUAUCAUUCGUUACUUCCGGUGA